GACAAGUAGCGCUGAUUUUGAACUUGCACUAAGAAAUCGUGAUUAUAAUAUUAUUACAAAAUACUUCACUUCAGUACAACAUAAGAUGUACAACAGUAGAACUUGUUAAUUCAUUCUAUACGAUAGAGAAGUUAGGAACUUGCUCAGUUGGCUAGAUAGGAUGUCUUCUGAAUUAUUAAUAUCAUGGGGAUGUGGUGAAUUUGGUCAACAUGGUUUAUCUCAUCAUUGUGGAGAUGUGACAUUAAACGAAGCUUUAAAUUAUAUUAAAAGUGAUAAUUUGACGAUACCAGUUGCAGAGAAACCUUUACAGGCUAUAUGUGGAUCAAGCUACACUCUUUUGCUAACAGACACAGGUAUUCUUUACAGUUGGGGUAAUGGUUGCAGUGGUCAAUUGGGAAAUGGGAAAUGUGAGAGAAGAGUUCAACCAAGUUUGGUAGCAUUAAAUUUUGAUGAUGAUAUAAGAGGAAUGUCAUGUGGUUCAAGACACAGCUUUGUCUGGACAACAAAUGGCUCCUGUUAUAGUUUUGGCAACAACUUUUAUGCUCAACUGGGAUAUAAUUUUUCCAAACCUGAUUUUAAAGAGAACCAGCUUCAACCAAUUCUAGUAGAGUUUUUCCCAAAUAUAAAAGUGGUACAGGUAGCUUGUGGUGCAAGACAUUCGUUGUUUCUCCUACAUACAGGUCAAGUCAUGGCUGUUGGUGAUAACCAAUUUGGUCAAAUAGGAAAUGACACAACAAAUGAUGUUGUAAUACCAACUGUAAUAGAAGACAUCAGCUCUAUAACUCAUAUCGCUGCUGGAAAUAUUCAUAGCCUUGCAUCUGAUGAGGAAGAUUCCAUAUUUGCAUGGGGCUAUGGGAAAGCAAUUGGCUGCAGAACUGGACUUGUGUCUUCUCCGAAAAAAUUCAUGCCAGCUCUGAAAGAGACGAGCUCUGUUUUAACAUUGGCAGCUGGUGAUUGUCAUUCAAUGAUUUUGUACAAGUGUGGUGUAGUGUUUAUAUGGGGGAAUAAUUAUGAGGGUCAACUUGGAUUAGGUAAAGAUAUUAAAUAUCAAACUACACCAACAUUGAUACCUCAAAAUCUUCUACCUUGGCCUGUAGUCCACAUUGCUUGUGGGGAAACAACAACAGCAGCAGUUACAGGCAAAGGAGAGUUAUAUAUGUGGGGAAAAAAUGCUGGGUUAAUUCUUGCAGAGAAAGCAGCUCAUUAUUUUCAGUAUUUACCUCAUCAUGUGAUGAUGAAUGACCUGUUUGUUGUUAAAGUUUCUCUUGGUGCUUGGCAUGCAUCCUGUAUUGUACGACGUUCACAAAAAGAUGUUCUGGAAAAUGUUGUGUUAACUGACACAAAACAUAAAUUUUUUGGUACCUCUCCUGUCGAUGUUGAUAAUGUUCUUUCAGAGAAAGAAAUAUUAACUGAAAAAAGUUCGUCAAUAAAGAGUAACAUAGAACAUACAAAUAAUUCCAUAGCUUCUGUAUCCAGUAACAAUGAAUCAAAUCCAAUGUUGAUGGAAGAGAAUUGUUUUGAUUCUGAGGAAUGCAUUGGAGAGAUCGCUAAUGUUGAAAACCGCUUAGUUUUGGAUGAAACCAAAGACAACGAUUGCGUCCAUUGGGACAUUACCUCAACAAACAAACAAGAGUGCUUUCAAAUUGCGUCUAGUUGUUCUUCUGUUGGACACAAUGAAGCGAAUGCUGGUAGGGAAAAUACAAUUAACUUAUUGGAAAAACAACAAAACAGUUGUUCAGACGUAGAAGAAAACGAAGAGUCAUUUAACAAUAGUAAAGUGCCGCUUAAUGUUACAAAUCUUUAUAACGAUCUUUGUAAGGAGAAACUCUCUAUGACAGUUAUGGAAAAUGAAAAAUUAGCAACAAAAUGCCAAGACAGGUUUGUGCAUACUACUUCGAAAGGAAAAACGCCAACCUAUUUGAAAGGUUUGAAUCUUCGUUCUUUUACUCUGGCGUGAAAGAGGACGCGAAGCAUUGCGGAGAAUGUAGAAAUGAUGAAAAUCCUGUCGAGGGUGAAAAAUCAAAAAAUAAAAGUUCAUCUGAAGAAAAUCAUCAUCGGAAAAGUAUAAAUGAAACGAGGAAGAAAGAUGAUUUUAAAACAGAUAUCAAAAAUAUGAACGAUUGUUAUGAAAGUGACAUUAAAGAAUAUGGUCAAUCGUACAACACGAUUGUUACAAGCAAAUUACCACAUUCACCGCAAAUACAAAAUCGAGAGCACUCCACUUUUCUUACAACAAAAGCAACUCGUGAUCACCAAAAAUCAAAUUCAUUAGAAAAGUUGACGAGAAGUGUUUGUACCGCACCUUCAAAAAACAAGUCCAAUCAAAAUUCUUCUCAAAGAUCACUUGGGAAUGAUAUAUGGACUACUGAUGCACAAUCGAAAUUAAAGAAAUUGCUUUUGUAUCGACCACGGACAACUGUCCCUGUCAUUGAUCUUACUUUCCAACCAUUGAGUAAAAAUUCACUUUCAGCGACAGUAAAACCAAAUUUUAAAGCUUUCAAGAACGCGUGGAAAGUAUCAAAUUUUUCAAAGAUCAAAAAGUUGUGUGGACGAUUUCUCAAAAGUGAAUCAUCAAGAAAGGAUUUCCAAGAAUCGUCUGCGGUAUUCUGGUAAAGCAAUAAGAAAAUAUCCAAUACUUAACAACAAUUCACCAAGGAUAACCACAGCCGAAAUACAAGAAAUGUCAAGAACAAAAAACAGCGAGAAAUCAUCUCGACGUUCGCAUUCUUCUAGUCAAUUAUUUCCACCAAUUUGUUCACGUAGUAAUUAUAAAUCACUCACGAACAUAUUUGUAGAUAGGACAUUAAAUUAAAUAAUUUAUUGUCAACGUAGCUUUAUGGUGGUGGUGUGUGACGUUAAUAUGUGUAUAACGUGUCUAUAGAAUAAUUUAACCCCUUAUAAUUAUGUGAAUGUAUAAUUAUAGAAUUUUGUACAAGACCAGUUAUAGGAACAAAUACUCAAAUUUUUAAUCAGAA